AUGGGCGGCGUGGUAAGUUCGGGGCAAAGUAACGACGAUUUAAUAGACAAUCUGCUCGAAGCUGAUUACAUUAAGACCUCUGACAUCGAAAGGGUGUUCAGGGCAGUCGAUAGGGCCAAUUAUUUCCUACCAGAGGCACGAACGCAUGCCUACAAGGAUUUAGCAUGGAAAACCGGCAAUUUACACUUGUCGGCGCCCUGCAUUUACAGCGAGGUCAUGGAAGGGCUGCAUUUGAAGCCCGGGUUGUCGUUUUUGAACAUAGGCUCCGGCACAGGGUACUUAAGUACCAUGGCUGGUUUAGUAUUGGGCAUAAAUGGUGUUAACCAUGGGGUUGAGAUAUUUGAUGAUGUCAUUCAGUAUGCAAACAAGAAACUGGAGGAAUUUAAAAGGCAUUCAGGCACUAUGGACGAAUUUGAGUUUUGCGAGCCAAAAUUCAAACAAGGAAAUUGUCUGUGCCUUGGCAAUAUCUCAGGCCAAUAUGACAGGAUAUAUUGUGGGGCUGCUUGUCCAGAAAGUUUUGAACCAUUUUUGAAGAAUGUAAUAAAAAUUGGAGGCAUCCUUGUUAUGCCCCUAAACGAUCAACUUCUUCAAGUAAAAAGAUCUGAUGAAUUUUCUUGGGACUACACAUGUUUGUUACCAGUUUCUUUUGCUUCUAUGAUUGAACCUGGAGAUAAUUCCACCGAAAUUCUACACAUAUUCGAUAUUGAACCGCCAACGUUGCAAGAAUUGUGCCGUGCCAAAAUAAGAAAGUUGCUGAAAAACUCCGUGGAAUCGGAACACUUGGAUUUGUUGGUGAAAAAAACCUGCACAGUCUCGAACGCCAACGUCAAAGCGGCCAAGAAAAAACGAGCUUUAAGGCGUUGCGUGGUUGCCGUGUUCGAAUCGGACGAAAGUUCAGACGAAGAAGUGAGUCGUGCGUAUAGAAAUCGGCAGGGAGAUGUUCUGAACCGCGUGGAUUUUUUCAACUUGGUUUUGGAGUCCAUUGAAAACCGCAAUGGGGGUUCUAGAAUUCAUCCGGAAAGGCCGCCGGUUAGAAGGCGUUCCAAUCAAAAUGAACAUCAGAAUUCUCCGAGACCAAUGGAUGUGUUGUAUUCUGAUAGUUCGCAGGAUAAUUCUGAAAGGAGCUCGCCGGCCGAUUUAAGCAACGGUUCGGAAGAUAAAGUCCAUAAAAAGGUUCACGUGGAGGUUCACCCGAACGGGCGGCCGACGGGCGGCGCUCGGGUCGUCGGCCCGGCCGACGACACGCCGCCGGGAUCGUCGAGCGCGCGCCCCUCGCCCGCGGAAACUCCCGAAGCCGGGCCGAAGAGACGCGAGCGCUCCGGCGACGAGAGAAUCUUCGAGAGGCGCGACGUCUCUUCGACGUCCAGCGAGGACGAGCAGAUGCGAGACCCACCGGAAGAUCUCGACGACGACGCCGAGUGGGAGGAUCAAACGAGCACGGACGACGGACAAGCGGCGGAAAGACCCGAGGCCGGCACCAAGAUGUACAAGAGUCCAUACAGUGAACACAUGAAGAAAAAAAUACAUGAAUUACCUUUGCCCUUUCUACUCAAGCGCUAUCUCAAUUUUUACAGGGACAUCUAAAAUUUCUUUUUCUAAUAUGUUGUGCAUGUACAUUGUACAAUGAAAAAGGUGGCCCAAGAGUUAUCACAUUAUUACUGCUUUUGCGCCACCCUUUGAUAUAAUAUAAAGUUUAAUUUAUAGAUUUUACUUUUAGUUUUUCAAAAGGUUUGAUUACUUAAGGAAACUCAUUUUUUUCAUUUGCUGUCAAACAAAAUCAACAACGAAUUGUCACUA